ACUAGUCCCGACCUUUGAGACUAGUAGGGAGGGAGAGAGAAGUCAGCUACACAGUUAGAUUAAACCCAAUGGCUUCAUAUUUAACCCAGGACGCGGUGUUACAUUUCCUCCAGAGCAACGGAGGAUCGGUGAAAAACUCGGAGCUGGUACUGCACUUCAAACCCUUCAUUCGGGGUCAUGUGGACCAGGACCGAAACCGAGAGCUCUUCAAGAAGUUCGUCAACUCCGUGGCUACAGUCAAGCCGAUUGAUGGCGUGUCUUACGUGGUUCUCAGAAAGAAGUUCAAGGGACAUGUCCCGGGGGGUCCUGUCGCUCCGCGGCCACCUGCAGCCGCCGGGAAGAACCCUAAACUCUACCCGGAGAACGCAGCCGCAAGCCCGCCUCUGAGUACGCAGAAUCGUCCGCGGAAGCAAACCCCCGCCCCGGCUGUAGAAGCGGUGCUACCUGCGGCUGGGAUCAUUGCGAACAACAACAACAACAACGACGACGUGGAAACAAAUUUAAAUCUAAAGCAGAAGCAACAGGUAAAAAGUGCGCCUGAAUUUUCCAGUAGACCAGCAACAGGAGUGAGCCAGAUCUCAAAUAAAACCGGACAGAAGACCCCCAUUCACAUUGAGCCUCCAGCCUCAGGGCAGUGCAUCAGAGAGGGACAGCAGAGGCUGGGUUCUGGCCCACCUCCUCCAGGUAUCACGCCUGCCCCUCCUGCAUAUCACAGAGAAACCAGUCAUCAGGUCCUGGCCCCAGAACCGCUCAGAGGAAGGGAGGCACAUGUACAGCCUCAGGGGGGUCUUCAUCAGACGCUUCCUCUCAGGAAGGUCAUUCUUCAUCCUCAAGUCAAGCCACAUCGAGUCAGACACAGGCCGAGCUACAAAUGUGCUGUCUCUUGUGAUGAAGAUGAGGAGGAGGGAGAAGAGGAGGUUCCCAUGGGGAGACGUUCAGCUGAAGGAGUGUGGCCCCUGAACAGUCCUCUCUGUGACACAGGAAAGGCUAUAUCUGGCUCCUCGCCCUGCCUUACAAACAAGCCCGCACCUCUCUCUGCCUCUCUCACCUCCCCUUCCCACUCUUCAUUGGAUAGGAAGCCCCCAAAGAUGCUGACCUCCCAGGGCCAAGGGCUGAGCUUGGAGGCGGGGUUGGGUAUGCGGGGGGAAUGGGCCAGGCCAGAGCCGGAAUCUUAUCCAGCCCCACUGGAGUUGUUUCCCGUGAGACACACCCCGCCUUUAGAGGCAGAGCACCACAUGCCGUCUCUGCAUCAAGCUGCAGAGGCAGAGCUGCUCCACAGCAUCCACCAGGAACACAGACUUUCUCAGCCGGCAGGUGUCCAGAUGGAGCUAAAUUAUGGAUUUUAUCCAAGUGGAAAGACUAGGUUGUCCUCCAGCCACAGCAGCAUCUUCUCCCCCUCGCCCGUUGGCAGCUUCCCCAGAAGCAACUGGUCGUCACCUGGUUCCCCAAGAUAUUCCCCAAGAGAGUGGUACAGCAGUUCAGAGGAGCUACAGGCACAACCAGGUGAGCGUGUGGGUGUGGCUAUAGUCCAGGAAGCUCUCUACCGAGCACAAGAGCCGAGGCCGAGUUCUGGGCCUCAUGGUGGAGGCGUCAGAACCUCCGUACCAUGGCAUCACUCUACAGGCCAUCUCUGUGACGACCAGGAGCCCGGAGGUCGUUUGUCACCACUGCAUCGCUCCAACGACCAUCUCCACUUCAGCCAGGACCGCGCUGCCCAAGCCAUCCAAUGGCAACUUUCCACAGAUAAUUUGCGGCAUGACCGUGAGAGGGCAGAUCCCAGUGGGGGCUCCAUCUCCCCACCAAAGCUGCGCCCAGGAGCCAGCAAGAGGCUUAGCAGCCGACUGAGGAGCAGGAUGUGCCGCAGUCUGGGAACCGACCUGGACCAGCUCCUCCAGGAGGAGGAAGCCCGAGGAGGAGGGGCAGGAGGAAAUGAGGCCGCUCGACUGGACCGCUUGCACCGCAUCUCCUCCUCGCUCAGCCUUCGCUACAACCUGUCAUCCUCCUCGCUGUCAUCCUGUUCAACGCCACCUCGCUGCCAAAGCGUAGCCGAUCUGGUUGAGGGGAGAGUGGGGAAAGAAGUGGGCGGGAACUCCUCCCCAGCCGUCACUCAUCACCACGAGGCCCACGAUAAGCAUUCGCUGUUUCCGCUGGAGGCCAAGGAACACGCCUGGCUGGUGAAGGGUGCAGCGGGGGCCUGGUCAGACAUCUACUCCCUGUUCAGAGAGGACCCGUCCCUGCUCAACAAACAAGACUUCAUCUCUGGCUUCACUGUGCUGCACUGGAUCGCCAAACAUGGCGACCACCGAGUCCUCAACACUCUAUGGUAUGGAGUCGAAAAAGCUGGCAUGACCUUAGACGUGAACGCCAAGUCAACAAGUGGCCACACACCUCUCCACAUCGCGGCCAUGCACAGCAACAAAAACAUUAUACGCCUACUGAUUAACAAGUUCAAAGCCAACGUGAAGCUGAGGGACAUCGCGGGGAAGAAGGCCUGGCAGUACCUGAGCCCCUCCGUUUCGGUGGAUAUCUUUAAGCUGCUGGGAGCACCACCGCGGGCCGCUGUGACAGGAGAGGGAGGAGUCGGGAUAGUGGACCAAAGCUGGACGCAGAAGUCCCAUCGUCAUCGGCGCCAUCACUUGUCCGCAGCUUCCUCGGGUCAGAGGCCAUUGACUAUCGUGAGCGGGGGGAAGGUCAAAAGAUCGACAUCGAUCGCCGCCCUCCUCAAACCCAAGUCACUGCAUCUGUUUUAUGCCCAUCAGUCUGACUCCUCUGUUUAAAAACCUCAGCGUGUGCACUGAGUUGGACUUUGUUUGGGGAGUUCUGACAUCACGCAGUAGACGAACUCAGUCACAGUCUACGCUGAGACGAAAAAGGGACUAAUGGUUUGCCCCACUACCAUAUAUUCCCAGUUGGUAGUACUUUAUUUUUAUCAGCCAAUGAAACAAGUGGAGUUGAUAAUGUCACAGUCAUGCAGUGGCUCUGCAUUGAUCGACAGGAAACACCUUAACAUGCCAUGGACAACUACAAAGUGCAGAAUCUAAUUUUAAUUUCUCUUUUAAGAAACUGCUGCUGCGUGUAACCAGGUGGCUUGUCAGCCUCAGUAACUAAUCAUCUAACUGUCACCCAGUGAACAACGUCAGCUACUUCACAAAGACAGUUUUGGUUUGUUACUUUGUGGCAUUUAUUAAAAUAGUAAUAAUAGUAAAUCAGUUUUAAGUAGUGUGAGUGUGAUACAGUAAGAGUUGUGUGACAUAUAGUGUUUAUCUACUGAAUAGAGGACUAGAUUAGAAGCAGUGUACUAUUAAAAAUUAGAAUAUGCCAUGGAAACAAUAACCACUCCGUUAUCUUUGCAUCACUAUCACUAUGAAAGUGAAAAUAUAGAACAUGAUUAAUAGGAUAUAUCUAUAGCUUCUAAAGAAAAUUAGGUUUAAUUCAUGGUGCACAUUUUCAGUUUUCACUUUCCUGAGCUGCGAAACAACUGUAAAACCUCCUAGGAAUACAUUUCAGUAUAUAAACUCUUGUGUCUGUUAUGGAUCAAACUGGAUUGGUUAUAUGGAAAUUAACAGUGUUUGGUAGGUGAAGGACAAAAUAUCUUGAUGAAGUUGCCAAAGGAGGGAGGUGGAUUUUCUCAUUUGAACACAGUGAAAUCAGCUAUUUGUCCUAUUUCCAGUCUUUGUACUAAGCUAAUCACUCUAUAUUUAUUGUACAGGUGUGAGAGCAAAGCCAUUCUUUUAAUCCAACCCUUAACAAGCACUUCAAAUAGUCAAACAAUUUUAACUUUUUUUUUUUUUUACAAAGACUAUAUGAGCACUCACAAAGGGAGAAGCAAACGAAGUUGAAAAUAGACGUAGCUCAUUUGGUGGUGUAUCCGAUUUCACUUGUUAUUUUAGGUGCUGCUUUUUAUCAGUGUGUUGUGUUCACGUGCUGCUUGGGCUUGUGAGACUUCAUGCAAUUGUCGAACGGAAGAACGUUCAACGCGGGCAUAAUUGAAGUAAUUUAAUCCUGUGAUUUCUUUGUUUGUUCUUUAUCUAUCAGGUUUGAUUGGAAAGUGUUAAAUCCUACAGCCUCAGCCAGCACUUGAACACAACUCAUAUGAAAGAAGAAGCUGUAAUAUUCACUAAAUAGUCACAAACCAGUUAAACCAUACAGGAUCUGUAGUUAUUACUGUAAAGGGGGUAAAAGCGAGUAUUAUCCUUUAACGUCACCGGGAUGAAACUGGGGUGUUUUGGGCUUGUAAAUCAUUUUGUGUCAUGUCUACUUGGAUGUUGAACAAGGGAGACGGUAUUUUUCAUGCCACUGUCAGAGUUUGUAUUAUAUGCUGAGUAUUAAAUAUGUUUCGCAGUUGGA